UGUCAACUUCAUCAAACUUCACUUUAAUAAAAGUUUUUCUAUCAUCUCUCAAAACCAAACCACUGAAAACGAUGUCGUGCGUAUGCCAAGCCAGUAAGUGGCGCUGUAACGCUGCACAGGAAAUGCACAAAAGACAGAAGAAGAGUACAGAGCAGGUGUAUAAAGUACCAUUUACAGUCACCUGAAACGCCGAUACGACAAGAAACUUCAGCGUUUCCUCCUGAAUUAGUUUCCGUGGUGACGGGUUGAUACCGCCUUCAGACAGACUUUACAGCGGGGAGUGGUUUACUCUUCAUCUGAAACUGUGAAGUCGUACCAAUUCAACACGACUGACUCGCUCUCGUCCUAUUUAACCACGAAAUUAUCGCCUUCUUUAGCAAACGCCAUUUUUGUUUACACUGGUGUGUGUGGGAACUGCAGGAAGGGGGAGGAGCCUACGGUGGCCUGGAGGUGCGAGACAUGAUAAAGAAGAAAAUCGUUUGGUGAUUUUAAUUGUUUUUAACAUCAUCAUAUCAAAUAAUAAUAAUAAUAAGCCCUACUGAAGGUUUAUGCAGCUGCAGAAACUUGACCUCCUUAUCGGUGAGUUUGUCCAACCAUGAGGAAAUUCUGUCGGACUGUUGGAUGUGUUUCGAUGAACUGAGUCCAAAAAUGGCCCUGAAGUGUUUGUGGUUCCACACCUUAUUUACUUUUCUAAGAUACUUUGAUAUAAGACAAACUUUUAGCUCAUUUUAAAAUCAUCAAAUCCCACAAAUUGUCUGUUUUGAAACUUUUUCCACAUGAUGUGAAUUUGCUUAAAAUCUUUUUUAUGUCCGGCCAACAGCUUCAGAAAAUUUCUGCUCUGUUCUGAGCUGACAGAUUGGAUUCGACAAAUGUAAUCCUGAGUUUGGUGCAACCCUGAAAUUGAAGCUGUCAUUCACUUAGAAACAAUUCCACUAAUUCAGAGUAGGAGAGAGAAAAACGCUGAAAACCAAAAGAACGUAAAACGAGAAAGAAGCCUCUCUGAAUCGAGGAGCGCCAACAUCUCAAGUCUCUGAUUUUCAUAUUUCUGGUGUUUUUUUAACAUCAAACUUUCACGAGGACAGUGUGGACCUGUGUUGAGCUUCGGCGGCGUCACCCUCCAUUACCUUCCCCCCAGGUCGCAGCAGACGCGUGAUGCCAGCAGGCCGUUAGACCUGUUUAGCCCCACUGCGUCGCCCUGCUUCCCACUCUUUUAAUUCUAUUUCUGCACGUUGGCCAAAACACCAGAAAGAGCUCCAGUUCGCCGUCGAGCGUCCAGGAUGCUCAGAGGCAGCAGAGCGCGGCAGCCUGCCAAACGGCGGCCAAGAAAAGCAAAGGCACAGGAGGGAUUUAGUCAAGUGCUCAUUUAAAUAUGAGCGAGCAACAGACUGUGGAAUUUGAAUGAGAUUAUAAAGCGAGACGGGCGAGGAUGAAUUUCAAUUUGAGAGCAUUACAUGUACUCUCUCUCUCCCUCCCUGUAACUCCCCCGCUUUACCUCCCUCCUUCCCAGAGGUGAGAUAAUGACUCCCAACGACGAGCAGGAGGGAGGAAGCUGGCAGCGCCGUCGCCACAUAGCGAAACACCAGUGGCUAUUAUGGUACAGCUGCUCCUCCCCUCCUAUUUAUCUGUAAGCAGAUACACACACACAUAGAGGUCUAUGGUACAAACAGAGGACUAUCACACGACACCGACAAAGUGAGGACGCCUGAUUUUAACGGAUCUUAAAGGUCCUGUCAAACCAUGACGGGGUUCAAAUGUCCGUAACUAUCUGUUCACCAUUCAUUAUCCUGUUUAAUCCUUUGAUAGUAAAGUUAAGGACGCUGCAGAUGUUUGCUAACGUCAACAGAGCUGUCAAUCACAGCAUCACACACCCUCUUCUUAAAGGUACAGUGCAUAGGAAUGAGAAUGUUUAUCUAUGAGAGAUCAGAUUAGGGCUGUUAAAAUAUACUGGUAUUGAUAAUAGCUGUCUCUUAAAAAAAUGUUAAUACUAUACUAAUAAUGAGCUUGCAGUACCACUGUGAGUUCAUACAAGUGGUCGAUUACUACUCAUAAAAUAGAAAACGGAUGAGAUGCAGCUGCAGUAGCGAGGUAGCGAGCAGAAUCAGCCCACUGAGAGAAGAUUUGCACCGACGCAACAAGAUUUAUUGUAAAUCCAAAAACUUUAGAGGUGAGCGAUAAACUUCACAUUCAAACUUUCUGUCAACAGUUUUCUUUCAGUUUUGAGACUUAAAAUCUACCAGAAGUAAUCUGCUUCAAAAUGCAAACCAAUAAUCAUGAGGUGAAAAUCGGAUAUUGUAGCAGCCCUAGUUCAGAUACCAGAUUAAUACGCUUCCCUCCUCACCCACUGAAGAUGGUUCUCAAAAUGAUUAUAAAGUCAAUCAAUCAAUCAAUCAAUACCCAAAUCUACCCCAACCCAACCCCUCAUUCCUACCCCACGAUCUAAACGCAACAGAAACAGAAUUAAAAUGCAUAAACUUAAAAGGGGUUUGAUUUCAUAUAAACAGGAAUGUGCGCUCUGAGGAAACGUCACUUUAAACUCAAGAUAUGGAAACAUGGAGGUUUAAAAUCUAAAAACAAAGAAAGAAAUUUAAGAAAUAAUCAAUAAAAUGAAAUAAAAACAAAAGUAAAAGUUACUAAAUUAAGAGCAACAAAAUAGCUCAAUAAAAGACGAUCCUGUCGUUAAAACUAGAAAGAGAUAAAUGCUAAAACAUUUAAAGUUAAUGAGAUAAAAAUUAGUUAAAAGCAAGACUGAAAUGGUAUGUUUUGAGUUUCGUCAGUAAGACUUUGGGAAAAUUGAGUUAUUUACGAACAUACCUAUGAGUGAAUAUUAUAUUUGGUUUCUACUGAGACAAAUCUGUGAAAAGCUGCUUGUACAAACCAGGGAUGUAACAUCAUUAAAAUACCACAUUUCCCCUUUUUCAAGAUGAUACGAUCUCAAUAUGAUCUGCAUUUGAGAACAUUUGCAGGGGUUUUAAUUUUCUAGUUUGAGAAGAUGAGCUUUACUGCAGCCACUAGAGGGAGCUCUAAAAGUUUUGGCUUCACUAUCAGAGAGAGAGAGGGAGAGGUCGUACCGCCCUACUUCUUAAAACAGUCAAUGAAAGUGACAAGAGUGUCCUGCUCAUCCUGAAAAAACUGAUCACUAUACAUCAAACCGACUCUGCGGCUCCUCCAAUCACCUGAGAAUACACACACACACACGUGUACAGGCUUAUAGUACUAAGUGGGGACUACGACCGUGAUACUGCUGACCAAGAACGGACGUCUGUUCCUGUUUGAUGCAAAGGAACAAAAACAACAAAAACAUUAACUUUGAAGAAAUAUGUCCACAAAUACACUAACAUGAGGUGUAUUCAUGUUUAAGACGCUCCAGAAUGAGGAUCAACAAUCUUAGGUGGUCCACUUUUUAAAAUGAGGACCUCCAUAUACUGCAGUGGAACCAUCUGCACUCAUUCUUUCACUUAUCAAGCACAUUUGAACUCAUUAACACACAUUUCAGGCAGGAUUAAGAGGAACGGAGCAUCUUCUCUGAGUCAAUCUCAGCAGCUGAUCUGCUGCAGUGGUGCGCAUUGCACCUCCGAAACCCUUUUAUUCAAUCACAGCAUCCCUCAGCAUCCAUAUCUAUACUUUGUGUAGGUGGUGAUGCUGAUGGGGGGUUGGGGAGGAGGAUGGGGGGGGGGUGCCUAAUGCAGCUUCAAAGCCAGCGGCAGGUUGACGAAAGACACUGAAGGAGAGAGAGAGAGAGGGAGAGCAGCAGAUGGAGAAAAACCAGCAAGUGACGGGAAAAAAGAGCAAGGAGGGCGAGCGAGGAGGGUGGGAGGGAGGAAGCAGAUUGAGAGAGAGAGAGAGAGAGGAGGGGGAGGAGGAGAUAGAGAGAGAGUAAAGAGGGAGGGUUGGAGGGGGAGUAACGGCAGAGAGAGUAAAGGAGGGGAGGUUUUUCCAGAGAGAGAAGUUUGAGCUCUGCGCUUCACACACAGCCGAGAGAGAGAGAGAAGAUAGAAACCGCACAAACGAACAGGUGAGACGACUCCUUUCCUGCUUUUUCAUGACUGGACCAUGUUUCAGGAGCGAAUGCAUGAUGGGAUUUGAAGCCAACAUUUAGUGAAACAGCGUGAAAGGGGCGAACUUGGCGAGUGUGUGGAGGCAUGCGUCGAAAAACGCCGGAGCAUCAGUUGGAGGUUUUUGUUGCAUCCUGCGAAACAAACAAGAAAAGCAACAAAUGGAGAGAGAGAGAGAGAGAGUCUGGAUUGUGUUUUCUCCGGGGUAUCAUUUUCCAGUUAAACUCCCGACACACACAAAGGGUGCGAGUGUUGCUGGCACAGUAAUGGAUGCUUGUCCUAAGUGAUGCUUGCUGUGCGAUUGCUGGUGGAGAAAGCGCUGUAGUCUCUGUGUACGUUCAGCAGUCGUGCCGCGUCUGAGCAGCAUGCAUUAUUUAUCUGCACUGAUCUCCAGAAACAGCGAUACUCUGUGGGAGGAACGUAUGCACUCUAAUGUAUUCACGGUGUUAAUAUCACAUGUGAGAGCCGGCUGGUAUAAUGCUCUGUGUAAAAGGAGACCUGCAUCUUUUAUCAUCAGCUGUACCACUCGUGCUUCCUCUUGUUUGUAGCAUCUUGUCACAGUAGGAUGCAGUGUGGAGGAAGCAGUAUGCAUGGAUAUGCUAUGGUUAAUUUAUGGUCAUUAUCUGUGGAGAACCCCGCAGGAGGAGCAGCAGGAGGAGGAGGAGGAGGAGAGGAGGGGAGAUCUUGCUCAUCUCUUCACACAGUGGAGGUUGACUCCUUUUGUCUGCAGAUGGAGAAUCUUCAUCUUCAUCUUCAGCGGUGUAACACACAGCAGCUGCAGGCUACAGAUUCAUCAUCUGCCUCAGUGUGUGUGCAGAUUACACGUUGGUGAGGGGGCAUAUGCUUGUGUUAUUUACAGCAUCUGUGUGUGUUUGUGCGUCCGCAUCCAGCUGCUUCUCUCCUCUUUUUAUUGCAGACCGAAGGAGACAGCAAUCAGAGAGAGAGAGCAGUAACUUUAACACCUCGAUCACACGAUAUCAUGAACACAGUCUCUGAGAGAGCAUUCACCUGUUAGAGACAGGUACAGGAACACGGUGUUAUCCAUCCUCAGAGACCGAACUCGUUCAGAAGUUUACGCUUCUUUGAUUCAGUCUUUGUCUUCAGAUGAAAAGAGUCUCGGUGGAUAAACUCUAAAAAAGACAUUAAUUUGGUCUUUACUUUGAGUACAGAUGGGAAUCAAGAACCACCAGUCCCAAAUGAUUUAAUCCAUCGACAUCAUUUACAUUUAUCUUAAUGAUUCUUCCUUCUGUCUCAUGAGCGCCAGUUUACAAGAACGAGAACAGAGACAGAGAAAAAAACAUGGCGGACUGAACUAAAAGUAGACAGAAACGAUCUAAAGCGUGGUUUAAUUUUACUAAGAAAGACGACAACAGUUCAACUUUUGUCCAGCAGUGAUAACAUGCAAAGAUGGAAACAGCAGCAACACACUGAAAUAUUCGUCAACAAGGAAACAGCAUCAAAUCUAAGGAGUCACAUGUAUUCGAUGUUCUCCGCCGGUCGUCAGCUGCUGCUGCUCCUUCUCAACACUUAAUAACUCAAUUUCCAUUGAUGACAUUUUGAGUUAACGGUGAGAACUUUGUCUAAUUUCUUUUAAAUUAAAGAAAGGCAUUGAUACGCGAAUCGUUAAAGAAUUGAUUCGAUAAGCAGAAUCGAUUAAGUCUUUAGUGUUUACUCCUGAAUUUGUUUCCAUGGUGACGGGUUGAUACCGCCUUCAGACAGACUUUACAGCGGGGAGUGGUUUACUCUUCAUCUGAAACUGUGAAGUCGUACCAAUUCAACACGACUGACUCGCUCUUGUCCUAUUUAACCACGAAAUUAUCGCCUUCUUUUGCAAACGCCAUGUUUGUUUACACUGGUGUGUGUGGCAACUGGGGAGAAAGGGGGAGGAGCCUACGGUGGCCUGGAGGCACGAGACAUGAUAGAGAGGAAAAUUGAUUUGAGAAUUAAAAUGUUUUGAACAUCGUCAUAAUCAAAUAAUCCGAUUAGGAUUUAAGAUCGAUCAAUCGUUUAGACUGACUCCUAUGAUGUACAAGCGUGGGAAAGUUGCUCUCCUCGUGUGUUGACUCGUUUCAAACUGGUCGAACAAACCUGUGCGUCCAACUCAUAAUAAAAUCGAUUCCUACAUUCUCUUGUCGCUCAAAUAGACAUCCGCUUCAAAAACAGGAAGUGAAGAAGACUCAGCUUCCUGUUUGUUGACACACCUGUGACAGGUGUUCUGUCUCCCAGAGGAGGAUCUUCUGAUGUGAUUUCCCAAAGUGAGUCUGUAGUGAGUUUGAGUUAAUUAUAACGUUUUCUUCUGUCUUUAAAAACGAGCUUCAGACCUUCACGCUGCAAUUAUUUUUAACAAGUCUGGUCACGUUUCCCACACAGCCUCCUCCUCCUCCUCCUCCUCCUCCUCCUCCUGCCUCCCGCAGAGCUCUGAAUAACACGGAUAAUUCAAUUACAACAUGAACAAGAGAGCAGAUCUUAACGACGAUGAUAAUCCUCCGUGAGAUCUCGGCUCUUAUAGAGGUUCUGAACCUGAUGUUACGCACUUCUGUCUGAUACCAGAGUCAGACGGUCGAGACGUUUUCAUUUGGACUGAGAAAUUGGAAAGCUUUCGUUAAAGCCGCGGGUCUACAGACGGUCUUGGUCUCAUGGAGGUCUUAGAAACUGGUUUUUAGUCGGGCUGGAGUUGGACCGGAUUGACAGAACCCAAAUUAAUUCAUCAGUUUACCGUUAUUGGUUUUCAACACCUGUUUAGUAGGUGAGGAGCUAACCCAGUAGACACCACACACAGUAGUGUUGGGCGGUAUGAACAAAAUCUAAUAUCAACAGUAACGGUUUACAUCACGGUAUGUUUUUUCCCUGUAAAUUCAAUUACUGUCUUAAAAAUAACCAAACUGUCUCAUUUGUUUUUAAACUCAGACUUUUAUGCAAACUAAACGUCAGACCAGUCUGGAGAUUUUUGAUCAUAUGGCGUUUCUUUGGUAAAAGACUCUGAAAGCUCUUUAGUCUGAGAGGAGCUUCAUCUUCAGGUGGUGGAAGAGGUUUCUGGUGUUUCCUCCUCCACCAACGACAGACACACGACUCUCUUUGUAUAGUUUUGUUUUUCAAUCAUUGUCAAAUUUUCUAAAUCCAAAGAAUCUCCAGACAACCGUUGUCUCGACUCGCACCCUUUUUCAGAACGAGUUCCUCCUCCUCUUCCUCGUGUUUGGUGCGUCGUCUGCCUCCGUUUGCUCAGUACUGCCGCUAAUCUGCGCGUCCGCCAUGACCACCACCAGUGACGCUGUUUCUUCGUCGUCGAAACUAUGCCAAGCAGUCUGCUGGACACACUGGUGAUUAUAGGGAGCGCACCCAAACCUGACCAAUCAAACAGAGCGAAUAAACUCCACACGACACGCUGGUGAAUAUACGGAAACGCACCCAAACGGAUGUGCUCCGACUUUCCUGUUAGCGAGCGCAGACAACUCCACACUGACUGAGAGAGACGCAGCAGACAUCUGCUCUCUCUCUUCACCGGUAGACACUUUUAUACCGUCAUACCAUCCAACUCUAACACACAGUAAUUCAUCUCUAAACGGUUUUCUAAAUACAACAUUUUGGCCCGAUUGGACAGAUCUAAAACACGUGGUCAAAAGCAGGUGGUGUGGAGUUAAUCCAGGCGUGUCCAACCCCAGUUUGCUCCGUCUCGAUGCUACAAAGGCCGAAGGUGUGGGCACAAGCUUAGUUAUUAUCUACACAACAUGGGUGCUUGGCGUGAAAACAGACAAAUAACAAUGACGCAUGCACCGUACGCCAAGAUGCUUCAGGGGCCGAAGUGUUGAAAUAUGUUUUCGCUUAUAAACACGAUGUAAUCCAGCAUGAACUUUAGAUCUUUAAACUCAAAUUAAUCUCUAUUUUCUUCCUCGUUGGUGUUUGUAUCAGUCAGAGAUUCUCUGUGAAACAAAACGAAUAUUUCCAGUUUCUGAUCCACGGUCUUUUCAGGAUCGUGUUUCUAAAGGGUGAGGAGGUUCUGUUGAUUCAUCCUGAAGAGACUCGGUUAGAAACCAAAUAAUCUUGACCUUUCCUGAGCUGCGAAAUCACCGCUCUGCUCCCAGGGAAACUUAAUGUGGGCCAUUUGCAAAAGCAGUUCAGCUGCUGUGGAGAACAGCGACCGCUGCAAACAAGCCGAACGCUCAAAGCAGAAGGAGGUCUGUUUGUUCUGAGCGGCGUGUCUUAAAACCACAACAUGCAGCCCACACAGGACCCAGGAACCGCACGAGAUACUGAACGGCUGCAGGUGAGUGUGUUUGAGCGGCGAGAACAGCUGUGUGGAAGAACAAGAGAAGGAGAGUCAGACUGUUGUGAAGUAUUUACUUCACACCUCCAGGUUUGGAUUACUGCGAGUGUCUGAUAUGAAUAAGCUCUGAGUGGGAAAAUCAUGACAGCUCUGCGGCACAAGAUGACUUUGAGUUUCUCAGGGAGUCAUCUGAUAAUCCCUCUGUUGCAUCAUUUAUCCGUCUCCUGCAACACCCUGCAAAUCCUGCAAACGGCACAUUUUCCUCCUCCUGGCGUGACUCUGAAUCCUUCCCUCCAUGAACCGAAAUUAACCUUCGCUUAAUCCUUCACUUCUUGACCCAGAGGUGUCACUCAGGGCGCCGUUUCUGUGCGCGUAUGUUUAGUCACAGCCAGAAAAAAAGGAUUUAAUACUAAUGAGGCAAAUUUAAUUGGAAAACUUCAGGAUGUUCCUCUGAGGUAGGAAUUUCUGCAAAGUUAGUGUGACUGACUGGAAUAAUAGUUUUAGUUUAAAGUUGAAGGUUAAAUAAAUGAUCGUUUACUCACUCAGAAUUUAGCAGCUUUACUGAGACAAACAGCUUUUAUUUUGAAGGUAGAGACGAGUUUAAACGUGAGGAGGUCUGAAUCAAACCAACAGUUUUUAGGUCGCCUGGUUUGCUCCAGCUCAGGUCCUCUAACACAAACUGCAUUAAUGACCCGCUGUUGUAAUACACACUGAAAACAUCUCAUGUAAUCCUGCAACAGUCUGCAACAAAGAGCCGUCAUGCUCUCCUCUGUAACAGUGUGAUACUGCCGUCCCACUGAGUGUGUCUUCACACCGUGUUACAGUUCUGUGGAAACGUCAGAGACACGCCACAUAAACACAGCAAGAGCUCCAUUACACACACACACACACACACACACACACACACACACACACAGUGUUAUUCUGGUGGAGGGACGUCACCCCAUCACUCCGCUCCAGUGUGAUGAAUACCAGCAGCAGCAGCAGGUGAAGCCAAUAAACUGCAGUUCCCUGAAUGUCCACUUGAGGCUCUCUGCUAAAGCUCCUGAAACCACAAACACACACACCUCAGCUCCACCUCUGAACUGUUAAUCCAACAACAGGAACACUCGGCAUUUCUCGUUCCAAUGAUUCGACUCGGACCGGAGCGUCAAGUCUGCAGUCAGACUUGGACUUCAAACUAGACUAGGACUUUCUUAAGCGAAGAGCCGAUCCCGAUCGUACCUUGGCCCUCGGUUUUGUUUGUUCAUGUCAAGCCAAGGGGAGUCCUAAUUCUUCAUAUGGGAGAAAUCCUUAAGUUGGCGUCCGCAUCACUACGUACCGUCUGAUUUUAAAGAAUGCAGAUAUCUUCAAUUGGGUUGCUGACCUUUCGGGGACGGUUCGGUUCUCCAUGACCAGUUUUUUAAAUUGUUUUGUUGGCGGCAAACGUGAUGCAAAGGAGCCCGAACCCCGGGUUUUCGAAACCAUCCUGCGCAAAACUGGCAGCGUAUGAACGGCAAGCGCUCGUGACCAGCGGUGCUGAGAUGCCGUGCAUCUGAAUUACGCAGCGCAGCAUGUCAGCAUGUCAGCACGCAUGUAUGUUGUGAGCUUUAGAGUCUGAAAUUCUGCAAAAAUGAUUUUGAUAAAAAAUAAUAAUUAAACGUAUAUAUUAAUUUACGACUUCAAUUUUUUUUGGGGUAGGGUUCUCAUCGGCAGGAUGGGGCGCCGAUCACAUACAGUAUCGGGAAACACUGGGAAGGGUAAAGGGCACGGGGUUCACAGCCCUUAAAAUAAAGACAAACUUUAAAGUGAAGGGUUAGAUUUUGAUUUGAUUUUCAAAGUUAUGACACUCGUGUUUUUAUCAGGUAUUCAGUUCUUUGAUACUCCACAUAAAUAUUAGCUUGUUUUGAAUUGUUUGUGCUCUAAAAUCGCACAGUAUGAUGAACUAGCCAACAAAAUAUAGCAAUCGAUAGCUACGCUGAUGUCAGACUCGAGUGACAGAUUCACUGUAAGCAGAAAGGCGUGAUGACGUAGAGGAAAUCGAGCGGCGUCUCGUUUCUAAGGGGCGUGUUUUCACCCCGUCCCCUUGGCCCUUUUUUUGAGGGGUAAGACGAGGGGGGAAGAGUGACAGUUAGGAUUGACCCCAAAUCUCCAGAAUGUCCUAAAUAAAGCGUUUUCUUACUUCACAGUUAGCGCUCGGAUCAGGGUUUUUUUUUUUUACGUUUGCUGAAGCUGGCCAGGAUCCCCGGAGGUGAAUAAACUUACCCUGAAGAAGAAUCUCCUGCAGCCCCACUUCAAAAACCCCAACCAUCCUUUUAAAUUCUGACCGACAGCAGGUGGGGGUCUGUUUCUGGGUUUGGAAGACACCUGCAGAGAUCCCACCGAAGCAGCAGCCAUCAGUGAGUCUCCCCAAUAAGAGGAGCUCAGAUUUACACACACACCCCGCAGCCAUGUCACAAAUCUCCAAACAGGAUCAGUCAGAAUCUGAUUUUAGUGAAUUAAAUGUUUUAAACAAAAGAUCCCACACAGCUUUGACCUGAAAACUGAGCAGCUUAAAUGUGGAGAAGGAAACAAACCUCAGCUGCUGAAGAAGAAGAAGAGGAAGAAGAAGAAGAAGAGGAAGAAGAAGAAGAAGGAGAAGAAGGGAGGUAGAGGAGACAAAACCCAACAUACUGAAGGUGCAAACCUGUCCAUCAUUUUACUGUUCACCUCUUUCCAACCUUACACAUUUUACAACCCUGCAGGACUUUCACUCUUUACAAGCGCAAUUUAAUUUUUAUUCUAAUUCAGAGUCUCAGAAAUACUUCAAACUCGUCUAAAGGUGGGGUCAGCAGGAAUCCGUUAAAGAAGCAUGUUUUUAUUUUGUGGUUUUUAUACAAAAAAUCUUCAAAUAUCAGUCAAUAGUUAUUAGUUAUUGAUGACAUUUGGUAAUAUAUCGAUAUCUCUGUGUUCUCUUAUGUCUGUGUCGUCAACAUUUGAACAUUUUUGAGCGGUCCGCUCUUUCUGACUGUAAACAAAGCCGUUCUCCACCUCCUCUAACCUGAUUGGUUGUGAGGCAGACGCUGCUCCCCCGUGUCGUUCAGGAGCCCAAACAAAGUUAGCGUGCUACAAUAUCGGACAGUAGAAACCAACCAGAAAGUUCGGAAAAUUGUCUGAAUCCUCCUUUGGCCACGACUGCCGACACAAGCAAGAAAACAGUCAAACAUAAACAGUCAACAAAAAACAGUCAGCAAGAAAACAGUCAACAAGAAAACAGUCAACACCAAACCAGUCAACACCAAACCGGUUAACAAGAAAAUGGUCAACACCAAAACAGUCAACAUAAAACAGUCGGCAAGAAAACAGUUAACCAUAAACAGUCAACAAGAAAACAGUCAACAAGAAAACAGUCAACAAGAAAAUGCUGCUCCCCCGUGUCGUUCAGGAGCCCAAACAAAGUUAGCGUGCUACAAUAUCGGACAGUAGAAACCAACCAGAAAGUUCGGAAAAUUGUCUGAAUCCUCCUUUGGCCACGACUGCCGACACAAGCAAGAAAACAAAGUAAAUACCGGAGACUCUGGAGGAAUAACGGGCGCUUAAAACGGAGGUAGACCGGACAAGAGCUAAAAAGCCGGGUCAACAUAAACCAUGGGGGACGCUUGGGGAUCUUGGUGACCCUGUAACCUUUCUGCUGGACAGGUAAACCGCUUUAACAAAGUAAGACAAGUGUCUGUAACAGAAGUGUUUCUUGUCAAACGGACCUGCUGUAGCGUGUUGUAGCGCCAUCGCUAAACUGUCCUCCCUCGGGUCCUGGACUAUGUCACUUUAUCCUCGUUGUAGAAGUCCUGCAAACAUUGUGUUUGCUGGUAGUCUGUUGGCAUCUACAGUAGCACCAAUGCUUUUGACUUUCACCUUGACUGGGCCCCAUUUGUAAUGAUCUGAAGUAUUUAUCUGCAUUAUAUCUGAAUUUAACUGGAACGAUACGAGCGAGCAGGAGCGUCUGUUUGUGGGCGGGGCUUGAGAGAGAGAGAGAGAGAGAGAGAGAGAGAGAGUGUUUCUCUGUGUUGUCUCUUUAACUCUGUGUCUCUAAAACAGUUGAAGUGUGUUUCUGCUCGAUGAGGUUUCUAUGAGGUGAAUAAAUGUUGGUUCAGUUGAUCUUCAGGACGGCUGCAGCUUUAAGAACUUCUGCUUGUUGGAGUUUGAGAGUCUAAAGUUCACAGAGACGCUCCUCCUCCUGGAUUCUAGACAAACUGGAUCCCCCCCCUCCCUCGUCUCUCUCAGCUCACUCCACUCUGCACUCUCACUUCCUUGCUCCCUCCCCUUCAGAUCUACAGUCUUGGUUGGGUGUAACCUCCGUGUGCUGAGGUCAUAUCCUGCUGACUCACACAUGUUGUUGAGAUCAGAGCUCAGACUAGUUUCACUUCUCAGGAAAUAAAACUCAGUCAGUCGUCGUCGACAGCGAGUGUUGAAAUGGCGCAGAAAGGAGUUCAUCUGGACCGUGAGUCUUUCUCUUGUUCCAUCUGUUUGGAUCUUCUGAAGGAUCCGGUGACUGUUUCCUGUGGACACAGCUUCUGCAUGAGCUGUAUUCAAUCCUACUGGGAUACUGAGGAUGAGAGGAUGAUCUACAGCUGUCCUCAGUGUAGAGAGACCUUCAGACCGAGGCCUGUCCUGAAGAAAAACACCAUGUUAGCAGGUUUAGUGGAGGAAGUGAAGAAGAGCGGACUCCAAGCUGCUCCUGAUGGUUCCUCUGAGGCUGGACCUGAAGAUGUGGCCUGUGAUUUCUGCAGUGGGAGAAAACUGAAAGCUGUCAAGUCCUGUCUUCAAUGUCUGGUUUCUUACUGUCAGAUUCACCUCCAGCCUCAUUUUGAAUCUCCUCCAUUAAAGAAACACAAGCUGGUGGAGCCCUCCAAGAAGCUCCAGGAGAACAUCUGCUCUCGUCAUGAUGAGGUGAUGAAGAUCUUCUGUCGCACUGAUCAACAGUCUAUCUGUUAUCUCUGCUCUGUGGACCAACACAAAGGUCACGACACAGUCUCAGCUGCAGCAGAAAGGACUGAGAGGCAGAAAGAUCUGGAGGAGAGUCGAGGAAACAUCCAGCAGAGAAUCCAGGACAGAGAAGAAGAUGUGAAGCUGCUCCAACAGGAGGUGGAGGCUAUCAACGGCUCUGCUGAUAAAGCUGUGGACCACAGCCAGGAGAUCUUCAGCCAGCUGAUCCGUCUGAUGGAGAAACGCCGCUCUGAGGUGGAGCAGCAGGUCAGAUCCCAGCAGGAACGUGAAGUGAGUCGAGUCAAAGAGCUUCAGGAGAAACUGGAGCAGGAGAUCACUGAGCUGAAGAGGAAAGACGCUGAUCUGCAGAAGCUCUCACUCACAGAGGACCACAACCAGUUUCUGCACAGCUACCCCUCACUGUCAGAACCGGGUCAACCUGCUGACUCAUCCAGAAUCAACAUCCGUCCUCUGAGAUACUUUGAGGAGGUGACAGCAGCUGUGUCAGAGCUCAGAGAGAAACUCCAGGAUCUUCUGAGAGAGACGUGGACAAACGUCUCACAGGCCGUGACUGAUGUGGAUGUUUUACUGUCAGAACCACCAGAACCAGGACCAGCAGAACCCAAGACCAGAGCUGGUUUCUUAAGAUAUUCACAAAGAAUCACACUGGAUCCAAACACAGCAAACUGUUAUCUGUUAUUAUCUGAUGGAAACAGAAGAGCAACAUUUACAAAACAACAACAGUCUUAUCCUGAUCAUCCAGACAGAUUCACUGAUUAUAAUUUUCAGGUCCUGAGUAGAGAGAGUCUGACUGGACGUUGUUACUGGGAGGUGGAGCGGAGAGGGGGCGGGGUUGAUGUAGCAGUCGCAUACAAGACUAUCAGGAGAGACGGGAGAUCAGAUGAUUGUAAAUUUGGAUUCAAUGACAAAUCUUGGAGUUUAGUCUGUUAUAAAGACAGGUAUAAAUUUGAUCACAACAAAGUCAAAACUCGUGUCUCAGGUCCUCCGUCCUCCAGAGUAGGAGUGUACCUGGAUCACAGAGCAGGUAUUCUGUCCUUCUACAGCGUCUCUGAAACCAUGACUCUCCUCCACAGAGUCCAGACCACAUUCACUGAACCUCUACAUGCUGGACUCUAUAUUUUAGACUCUGCUGAGUUUAUAGAAGUGAACUAAAGAGAAUUUUGAGUCCAUCAGACCAAAAUCAUGGACUGAGAUCCUUGAACUCUUGAAAUGUUCUGGUUUGUAAAUGUUUGUGGAUCAGUCUCACCAAAAACUCUGGGUUUAGUUCUUCAUUUCAGCUUUUUGAUUCUUUUCUAAAGAUGCUGAUUUGGUCGCAGCUUUAAGGACAGUGAUUGUGGAGAACUUUGAUUGUUUGUAUUUCUCAUGUUGAAAAAUCUUCAUACAGUUUGAUAUCAACAACAUCAAGAUGAUGGUUUGUUCAAAUCACCUUCAGUUGGUGCAGAUGUUGAAGGUCUGAGACUUUAGAAAAAAGUGAGGUCAAAAUCACAGAAAAAGGACGACCUUAUUUCCUGUCCCAAAUCCAAGCGUCUAAAGUCUUUCCAGUCGUCCCCAAAAAUUCUUCAGAUGAUCUGUUUCUUUCUCUGUUUGCUGAAUAUUUGUGUUCAUGUGAUCGAUGGAUAUUUCUGUCUGCUUCUGUUGGAUCAGUGUGUUUGUAAAGACAUCUAGAAUCAGACUUUGGACAGAUCUACAUGUUGUUAUGAGCUUUUCAAUCACUCUAAUAAUAAUAAUCACAUUUAUUAGUCCGACUGUUUGGAUGUUUCUGACUCAGCUCAGAUUGUGGUCAAGUCUCUGAUUGUGGGUAAAAAAAUCAUAAAAAUCCUCAAACUGAGUCACUGAAAUCACCUCGUCUGUUUGUCUUUAUUGUGUCUGUUUCUGCUGGAUGUCAUGUUACCGCUCCGUCUGGGUCAUGGAUCCAUGUGGUCUUACAUGUCCCAGAUGUGAGUCCUGCAGCUGGAUCAGGUUUUCUGUAAAUGAGAGGACAAAGACAGGAGGCAGGUUGUGUGUCUUUUUGAUUUGAUGUAACCAGACUAGUCCUGUUGAGAUCAUCAAUCUCUUUUUCAGGGGGGGUCCUGACCAAGAAUGGCAGCAAAACACAAACACACAUAGACUCACACAGAUCCACAUCAGCAACAAGAACUCAGAGUUCAUAUGAGAGAGUCCAGCUGAUCUCUAGUCUGAGGAAAGAAGUCUGGUCCACAAGAAGAAAACCGACUUAAAGGUGAAGUAGACAGGAAUCUGUUAAAGAAGCAUCUUUUUAUUUUGUGGUUUUAAUACAAAAAUCUUCUAAUAUCAGUCAAUAGUUAUUAGUUAUUGAUCACAUUUGGUAAUAUAUCGAUAUCUCUGUGUUCUCUUAUGUCUGUGUCGUCAACAUUUGAACAUUUUUGAGCGGUCCGCUCUUUCUGACUGUAAACAAAGCCGUUCUCCACCUCCUCUAACCUGAUUGGUUGUGAGGCAGACUGCCGACACAAGCAAGAAAACAGUCAACCAUAAUCAGUCAACAAGAAAACAGACAACACCAAAACAGUCAGCAAAAAACAGUCAACACCAAAACAGUCAAAACCAAAACAGUCAGCAAAAAACAGUCAACACCAAAAGAGUCAACAAGAAAACAGUCAAAACCAAAACAGUCAACAAGAAAACAGUCAAAACCAAAACAGUCAAAACCAAAACAGUCAACAAGAAAACAGUCAACCAUAAACAGUCAAAACCAAAACAGUCAACAAGAAAACAGUCAACAAGAAAACAGUCAAAACCAAAACAGUCAACAAGAAAACAGUCAACAAGAAAACAGUCAGCAAAAACAGUCAACAAGAAAACAGUCAACCAUAAUCAGUCAACAAGUAAACAGUCAACAAGAAAACAAUCAACCAUAAACAGCCAACACCAAAAGAGUCAACAAGAAAACAGUCAGCAAUAAAAUAGUCAACCAUAAACAGUCAACAAGUAAACAGUCAACAAGAUAACAGUGAGCAAGAAAACAGUCAGCAAGAAAACAGUCAACACCAAACCGGUCAACAAGAAAACAGUCAACAAGAAAAUGCUGCUCCCCCGUGUCGUUCAGGAGCCCAAACAAAGUUAGCGUGCUACAAUAUCGGACAGUAGAAACCAACCAGAAAGUUCGGAAAAUUGUCUGAAUCCUCCUUUGGCCACGACUGCCGACACAAGCAAGAAAACAAAGUAAAUACCGGAGACUCUGGAGGAAUAACGGGCGCUUAAAACGGAGGUAGACCGGACAAGAGCUAAAAAGCCGGGUCAACAUAAACCAUGGGGGACGCUUGGGGAUCUUGGUGACCCUGUAACCUUUCUGCUGGACAGGUAAACCGCUUUAACAAAGUAAGACAAGUGUCUGUAACAGAAGUGUUUCUUGUCAAACGGACCUGCUGUAGCGUGUUGUAGCGCCAUCGCUAAACUGUCCUCCCUCGGGUCCUGGACUAUGUCACUUUAUCCUCGUUGUAGAAGUCCUGCAAACAUUGUGUUUGCUGGUAGUCUGUUGGCAUCUACAGUAGCACCAAUGCUUUUGACUUUCACCUUGACUGGGCCCCAUUUGUAAUGAUCUGAAGGAUUUAUCUGCAUUAUAUCUGAAUUUAACUGGAACGAUACGAGCGAGCAGGAGCGUCUGUUUGUGGGCGGGGCUUGAGGGGAGAGGAGGAGCUGAGGGGAAAACUGGUUGGAGGGGUAGAGUUUACAUUCAAGAUUUCUCCUAAAAACCCGAACUAACUCAGAUCCUGACUACAACACCUUUCACUUCACAAGUGCAGCAGGUGGAAAAAUCAGAUUAUUCUUAUCGCCACGCCCAGGAAACACUCAGAAAGAGGUCGCCAUGGAGGUUUGUUUCACUCUGUAGUCCAGAGAUCGAUCUUUUCUGGUACUUCGAUUGUAACUUCACUGCAGAGCAACCAUGAGUGUUAAUAUUCAGCUCCUAUUCGAGAACAUGACUUCGUUUCCUUCUGCUCAGGCGGCUCUGAAGUCUAAAAUUAGUCUGUGUUUGAACUGAACACCUUUAGUUAACGAGAGAGAGAGAGAAAGAGGGCGGACGAGUUUCAAAGGAGACAAAAAUAAAAGCGGAUUAUUUUUAAGGCACGAUAACUGGAUUAACGAUGAGUAAGAAGCUCCCGCUCUUCCUCUGGUGAAUGUUGAAAACAUGGCGGCUCUAUAUUUUGGGGAAAUCAGGCGUGUAUUGAUCACAGAAACUCGCUCUGCGUGUCGUCGACAUAUUUACAGCCAUAUAAUAAAAGAGGUUGUUUACAUUCUGCGGUGCGACCCCUCUCUCACACUUCCUCCGCUGACAUUUGUGUGUUUGGUUGUCGUAAUCAGACACGUAAUGAGCUCGGUGAGCCGCCGCGCUCGUCUCUCGUCUGUCACUUGUGGAUCGAACCCUGCCGAGUUUCCCGCUCAGGUUGCUGUCAGAGCUCUUCCUCUUCUUCUUUGCAUUUCUACUCCUCUUCAAUCGUUUCAGGUGAACUGACGGGAUUGAGCGAGCCGUCUCUUUCUUUGUGCUGAGACGUUUACAGGGCGGAUUAGAGUUCAGAGAAAUGGAUCUGACAAGCCCGGCUUACACCUCAAAAUCUCUCUCUCCCUCUCUCUUUUGUAUCCCGUCUUUAUUUCUCUCCAUCCAUCCAUCCAUCCAUGCGGUCCCCAGGCUGGUCCUGUACGUCCACAGCUGAGCGGGCAGCUGACAGCACGGUGACAAGUGUUGAGGGUGGGAGGAAGAGGAGGGAUGGAGGGAUGAAGAGAGGGAGGGUGACUAAUGAGAGGGACGGCGGCAGCAGCAGGGGUCUGUCACUGCACCUUCAGAUAACAGCCCUCCACCCCCCCUCCGACGUGCUCUGAUACCAGUCCCAAGUGACCCGGUCUCUAUCUCCUGCUUGUACCGUAGUAAAGAGGUGGGGGUAGGAGCUGAUUAUCCACUUGUGCUUUUUUUAUCUCUGUGCAUUUGUGAGAGGAAAGGCGGAGCAGAAACGGGUGGUGUAACACCACACACGGAUCAAACAGCAAUUCAAUGAGGAGAGGAAAUCGUAGCAUGAAGCUGUUUAUUUUAGAGGAGCGCCUGAUCUUAACCUCCUCCUAAUACGUGUUCCCUGUGUGAGAUGUGAAAAACACAGAAUAUCUUCUACAGGAGAGAAAGAGCUGAACAGAAUAUAUGAGGCAGAAAAUAAAGAAAUGACAUUUGUGUGUGGAUGAAUACGGGAGGUAAAGACAACUGCACCCAGAGAGAAGCUGUUCCAGAUGAAGCUGAACGACUUCACCCUCUUUUGUUAAAGAGCAGGAAGAAGAUACACAGCGAGGGUCAGGGACAGGAGGCGAACCAUCGACCAGGACUGCAGCCUCUGAACCAAGAUCAGGCUGAGACCGAGAGACCAUCAGCAGACCGAGGUUUUAACAAUAACCUGUGACCUAUCAUCGAAUACUUCUUCUUCGUCUGUCCUCCGUUUUAAGACGUGAGGAACCAGUAAAGAACCACAGAUAACUCGUGGUGAUAGUUUGAUUAAUUUAGCUUAUCAAUAAACAAAAUUAACUAUCAAUGAAGUUCGACAGCCAUAGUUUAAACAUUAUGGAUUGAAGAGUGCAUCAAACGGUGGAUGGAAAAAGUGCAUCGAGCGGUGCAAUGAACAGUGCAUUAAAUAGUGUAUUAAACAGUGCAUGUAAGAGUGCAUUGCAGAUAUGAACUCCUCAGUACUCUGUGCUCCAGUUUCUAGCAUGAUUAGCUCCACAGCAGCAGAAAUCUGUUCAGUCGACGUCUCUUUGUUCAUAUCUGUCAGUAAUUACAAACUCGUGUGUUUCUCUCUGUUACUGCAGUAAAACUCUCAGCAACAUCCGUCUCCAGAUUCUCUUUUACUCUGACAGCGAGACACUGAACUACAAAUCGAUCCUGAUUGUAGCUCCGCUCACAUCUGAACGAGAGUCGAAUCGUUAAACGGGUUUGAUAGGAGCGCCGUACAGAAACGGUCUGAACGUGUUUGAUCAGCGGACAGUUAAAGUCCAGCUCAGCGUCUGUUUGUGUCGUCAUAAGAUUGAAUUCAUGCUGAACAGACUGAAUCCUCUGUCCUCCCUCAAAAUGAUAUAUAUAUUUUUUUUUUUGCCAUGUUAAAUUUAAAUUCUUCCUCUUCCAGUUUGUCCCAGAGAAAAUAUUACAAGUGCUGUUUUUUUUCUCUGGUGAAACUCUCGUCUGUAGAUCUUCAAACCUUCCUUCAAAAACCGAGGUAGUGCGGAGUAAAGCCGUCCAUUUUUAUAAAUACAUCUUUGAGGCCAGGAAAGGUAUUUUAAGCAGGACUCCAGGGGCUCGCUGUCAGUUCCUCUGCCCAGAAACCUCAGCCUCCUCUGGGCUUUCGCCGGCACACACGCCACAUGAUAUUAGUGUGUGAUACAGAAGUCAGCGCGCUCCGCAGACGUCUCUCUACGUCUCAGAUAUUCACACUGUCCAGCUGUGCGUCCUCUGAUUUAAUCCUCAUCUCUGGACUGAAAAUGGACCUGAUGAUAACAACAGAGCGACCACUUUGAAGUCCUUAGAGAACAUUUUGAUAUUGACUCCUAACCAGAGCUGUGAACUUUGGUUCCCACCCCCCCCUUCAGAAGUCUCUGCUUUGAUUUCGUCCUCCCAGCAGGCGGGACUCUGACUCAGGCCGCUCAAACCGCCGGAUUCACCCUCCAACCUUCACGGAGACGCAGCGCAGCAGCUUCCAUCAUCACGAACGCCUUCAGAGGCGAGCUCACGCAGACGUGAAGAAAGACGGUUUCUUCUGCCGUGUUUCGUAUGAAAUGAAGGAAGUUGGAGGAAGAAGCGGCUCUGAGCUUUUUCACAGAAACCCUGGAAGGUUGUUGAGUUGGAAUCAGUCGCCCGACAGACUGAAGGAUUCAGGUGAAACACGUAUUGAUCUCUAUUCUUCCUCAAACUGCAGCGCUCGAUAGAAGUGAGAGGCCGCUGAGGUCUGCUCCUACUACGUGUGUUCUGACCUACAUCGACUGGAUUUAUCCAGCGUGUGGGAGGACCAGAGCGGGUCAGGCGAAACACUGCGCCAGCGAGGAUGUCGAAAAUCUGACUCUGAAUAUUUAGGUAGGAGAGUGUUAAAGGAGAGUUUUGGUUUAUUUCAAUGAUGUCAUAUUGAUCCGCUUCUUUAUCCAGAUUUUAGUUUUAGAUUUUUGUGGCCUUCUGAUUGGGCAUUUACGAGUCAGCUGAUUGCAGAUACAGCCUCUGAUUAGUUAGCACACCAAAACAAAGAUGGCCGCCUCUAUCUCACAGUAGAAAUGACGCUAGUUUACUUGAACUGAAGCCGAAAUCUUCACAGAUGGACCCGGUUCUGACAGUCAGUCUGUUUACGUGCACACUCAGGUCCAGCUGUGGUGGACUCGGUAAAGUCCUGUCCUGGUUUCUAAGAUCUGCACAAGAACUGAACUUUUGACAGAGACUGUUCUCCUCCGCUACAGUAGGUGGCGACAUGCCCUCCUUUCAGCUCGUAACUACUGGGUCAAACUCCUGGUACCAAAACAAUCGACAAACGCUUAAGCAAGAACGUCAAAUUUAGGGUGACCAUAUUCUGAGUCCCCAAAAAGAGGACGCUUCCAAGCAGGGCGGGGUCAUGGAGUCACGCAGAGUUUUACAGGUCGGCGCUUCUAACUCAGUCAGCCCACGCUACUCAGACUCAUACUUCCGUACAAAACCCUGAACUUUUGAAGGAUUUUAUAAACUCCUGGAUAAAGCCAGACAAGACCAGACAGCCCCCCAGAGAGAGGACAUGUCCGGGUAAAGGAAGACGCAUGGUCGUCUUAGUCAAGUUAUGGAAAAGGCUCCACUCAGAACUGUUCCUUCGUACCAUCUGUCACCUUUCUGAAGACCUUUCUGAAGACCACAGAGGUCUUUUUUACCUUCUAGACUUCAGGGUCAAGUCAACGUGUGAAUUCUGGAGCAUGUGCAGAACGAUUAGGUUAGUUUCAGUCGGAUUGAGCCGAAUGAUCAUUUGAUAAUUGGUAAAGCUUGGGUCUUAUUGGUUUGGUCCCUCGUUCCCAUCAGAAAUAACAGGAACUGGACCUGCAGGGUUCAGCUCUGGAUGCAGAACCGUCUCGGCUGUUAGAUUUGUAAAUCUAAAUCCUCCUCCUGAGUUCUUUCUGCACCAAAAUUUGCUUUUUAAAGUCUUUUAGCUUCUCUGACUGAAACCAUGUUUGUGGUCCGACCAGGUUUUACGACCCUCCUCCUGACGGUGUUGAAAUAUUUCAGUCUGAGUCGACCCAGAAAAGGCCCAUGGCGGUCUCUCGGAUCACUCCCUCUGUCUCUCUCACUGAAGCUGAUGCAGAUACGUAGAUUUAAUCUUUGAACCCGCUCCGUUUUACAGUAAUAUCACAGAGAAAAAUCCGCUGUCAUCGAGGCAGAACAACCUUUUUUUCCCAGUCGCAGUUACCUCUCUCUCUCUCUCUCUCUAUCUCUCCCUCUCUCUCCCUCUCUCUCUCUUGUUACCGUUGCUAUCACAACAGUUUCACUUCAACUGCAUAAUAUGGAUCGAGGUCAGACGAGAAACUGCUGAAAUGCAUUUUGGAAAAAAAAAAACUACACACUCACAAACCAACGAGAGGAGGAGGAGGAGGAGGAGGAGGAGGAGGAGGAGGAAGAGGAGGAGGAGGAGGAGGAGGAGGAGGAGGAGGAGGAAGAGGAGGAGGAGGAGGAGGAGGAGGAGGAGGAGGAGGAGGAGGACAGUCGAGAGAUGAUUUUUGAAUCGACCUGGUGUACGUCGUUCUCGGCGUCUCGUUGACGAACCGUGUCGUAAAGAAGGAAACGGUCAGCGGGCAGGUGAACACACACCUGUGGGAUGAUCUGAUGUAACACACACAUCAGCAUCACUUUGGCGGUUUUAACGCUCUUGUAGUUUUGACUCAUUAGGAUUGCGAGUCAGAUUUCAGGUUCAGUCCUGAUGACAGUAAUAUAAAGUCGUCGUGUUAUAAAGGCUGAAUUUGGAGACGUUGGUUAAUGAAAGCUCCUUUUCAGGACAAAAGCACAAGAUUUAUUAUUAAAAAACCCCAUCAGACAAACUCGUAGGCUUUGCUGCGGUGGCGUCCAUGACCUGCUAAAAUAAACGUGUUGAUUAAAUGUAUUUUUAUUUUAGUGACUGAUUUUUGAAGAAGGAGAAACUGUUUUAAAAACUUAUUUAUGGUUUUGUAAAUGUAAGUUUUUAGGACGUCUGAAGUCAAUGCAGAGAAUCGAUCAUCAUGAUCUCAGUCUCAGUUUAACGUUAAUUAUUUUGCACAUGUGAAAAUAACACGAUCUUCCAUUUAACGUUCUGUUUCUGAAAUAUUAAAAGCCGAACAUUCGCCCUCUUCUGACUCUGUUUUUGGUCUUCACUGACUCCUGAGGGAAAUCUGCGGCUCUUUAUCUGCUAAACGCUCCACCAUGUUCUCCAGACAGUUUCAAACUGUGUCUGUCGGCGUUUUUAGUGAAGACAGCUGCCUGCUGAAGACACACGGAGACCCUGAGGGAGUAAUGAAAGUGAACUGGAACCAUGAGCUGAAAACUCGCCCUAAAACUCUGGAAAUCCAGCCUGUCAUCUUUAUUUCUGUACUGACGUAGUUUUAGUCUCAUUAUUUGAUGCUUAACACCAGCAGCAGCAGAUUAAAUGUCGAAGACCCCGCUCUGUUUAGACGUAUUAACGGGCAGGAAAAGUCCACACUUCCCCUCCUGAUACUUUCUAAGCGUGCAGAUAGUUUGAGAUGCUGUUUAGCGGUGAAAGUGGACAGAUCCUGCUUUAAUCUGCUCUCAAGGACGGACAGAAACGACCAGCGUGAAGCAGCCCGACAGUCCGUCCCCCCGCCCGCAGCACCUCCUGUUGUUGCUUAUUCACGUGGCGGUCUGAUGAGCGUCCAUGCUGGUUGAGACAGAAUGUCAGAUUCUGGCGGUGAUUGUUUUCUUCUCAGGAUCAGCGGAGGAUUUAGACCUGUUUUCGCUGAUUUGGUCUGCGCGCUGCAGCUCUGACAUAAAGUGGUUUUCAAAGGCGAUUUUUCUCUGAUGGCGGAGUGAGAGGAGAGAGCGGCGGUGGCGGCGGCAGCAUCCUCCGCUCCCCCUCCUCCUUUGUUGUUGGGAGAUGAGCGGGGGUUUGGCCUUGAGCUGGAGCCUCACAAUGGAUGUUUGUCUGAACUCAUAAAGCAGCAGAUAUUUCAUCCUGUGAGUGGGUAAACAUGGCUGCUGUGAAUGGAGACGUAUGUCCUCAGAUGGUCAUGUUGUUUUUCAGGAGGGGUGUGUGAUCAGUGGUAUGUGGUCAUGACACGUCUGCAGAUGAAAUACGACAAACUUUGCUCCCGUCUCUGUGAAAGUGCUGAUGAAAGCUCUUUACUUCAGAGCAGAGAGGGCAGAUACGGCCCAGACCAGAGCAUCUACAGGAUUAAUUCACUCAUUGUUCGGCGUUUUUCAUGCAUGACCAGAGUCCAAAAGCAACAGUGUGAUUCAGUGGACAAAUAUGUGUCGGCUAUUUCAAGACAAACACUUUCUUUUUGUCCUCCUGAUGCUCCGGUUUGAGGGGACGAGACACUGACUGAGUUUACAGACAUCUACAGACACCUCCUUUUAUCGGACACGAGUCCAUGAGAUUAUUGAAGGGAGGAAAACUGAGAACUAACCUGCUGACACUGACACUACUGUGAGAUGCUAACAGGAUAUCUUUGCAGUCUCACGUGCUGACCGGGGUUAUUAUCGUUAAUUAAAACUAACGAAAUUUUAAAAAAACGUUUUCGUUAAAGGGAUAUUCCAGCGUAAAGUUAGUUUAGGGUCAACGUAACACCGAGUUAGACCCCCCCUCCAGAGAUGAAUGUUGUCGACCGCUUGAUUCUCUAGUUAUACCAACUUUAGUAACGAUAACAGGAUAGUAAUACAGAGAGCCACGCCCCCAACCAAAACGCCACUCUAUAGCCACAAAUAAUGCUCAGAACAGCACCUAACUUCAUCAACAGGACAUAUAGGGUCACAGACAUAGUACUAUAUUCAGAGUUGUUCUAACUCAACAUAAACAAAAACAUAAACUUAAGCAGGGGGCGUUUCUCCACUUCUGUAGUCUAUAAACUGGGCCAAUAAACUUCUACUGUAGUUAAAAUAAAAAGGUAAAGGUGUUUUUAUUGAGCCGAAUUAUCAAUAAAAUCAUGAUUUUGUUAACAGGUAUGGAUUUAUGUGCUGUCGAGUUAAUAUAUUUGAAAAAGAGCACGGUAAAAUUAAAUCAGCUAAUUUUCCAAUGAGGUUCUGUUACUGAAUGGAACUACACCAUGUUCUACUCAGGUUAGUACAUAUAGGGUCACAGACAUAGUACUAGACACCAAACAUCUUUUUAACUUUGACUCAUUUCUUUAACAAAGAGACUAAACACAACUCACCUACUCUCUUCCAGCAGACGCUUGUUUGUAGAGAGACCUCAGGCCAGUCCAUUACAGACUACAGCGGGGUGCCGCAGCUCAAGGAAGAACAUUUAUGAUCAUUUCUUCAUGGAAAUACAAUCAGACCGAGACGCUAAGACAGAAGACCUACCGCGUCUAUAAAAUGAUUAUUACUUCAAGGAAAUGAUCAUGAAUGGAAAAGGACCAUACAGACUGUUCGCAGGUCAAAGGUCAAAGGUCCUGUCUAUCAGUCUAUCAGUUUGAACCUUAAAUAUCUUUGUUGGGUCUUCAGGCCAAUCCUUUUUAUUCAUGUUUGACACGACGUCCCAUCGUCGCUGAAAUCAGAGUUUCUACAGAGUCAAUGUCCGAAUGAAGACGCUGAGAUCUGACCCAGACCGCCACAGACCAGUUUACCCAGAUCUUAAACACUCAGAUCUCUACACCCUGAUAUCUUCACAACAUCUAGAGCGCCCUUUCAAAUCUAUACCAAGGUGUCAAACUAAUGAUUUAGUGUGGGUCUGUUAUUGACCUUGUGGUGACUCUGCCCUCCAUCUACCGCUGAGGAAGUGUGAACGACCAAUCAGCAGGUCAGAGGGCUGAUCCUGUGUGCGAGGAAAACAUCUGCUUUUUGUUGUUAUAGGAGUGUUUGAACCUGUUUCUGCACAAAUUUACAUCACAGGAAGUGUUUGGUCUCAGGUGGUUAUAAAAACAGAAAUAAUACAUCAGCCGUAUAAUGCAUAAUAUCGAGCGAUAAUCUCCAUGUUUUAUGAAAAUGAGAAAGCAGCGAGAACAAUAAGCAGUGUGUUAAGAGUGUGUGUGUAUGUGUGUUAUUUUGGUUCCUGUGCAGGCAGGCAGGCGUGUUCAUCUAUACAAUGGAACAAUAGUUCUCUGUGUGGCUCUGAUCUAAUGAGGGGGGGGUGUUCAGGAAAGCAGAGAAAAAUGGAUUUACUCUUGGAUCCUGCUGAUAGAAGAACAGCUCCUCCAAGAACUGAUAACACUUCGCUUUACUGGAGAUACUGAACCGUGUGGUUUGGAAGGAUGAUACCAGUAUUAUUACAGAGCAAACACAGCUGAGGGCGCCUCAAUCAGACUGAAGUACAGGAUCAGUGUCUGACCAAUGAUCUGAGAGAACAGAUACUGUCAAUAACUGAACACACUCAGUACGUUUACAGCUGAGAAAAUAGAAUUAUUGACGUGAACGUGUCCUCCUCCCCAACACUAGGGGGCGAUAUGGGUCUUUUCAGCGGUGCUGUUUCCGACCCCAUACAACCGUCAACAACAACAGCAGGUCGGUGUCAGACGUCAGAAGUGUCUACAACUGCUGCUGGGCAUUUUGGAGAAACAAGAAGAUGGAGCAUCGUACAGCGUUGUUUUUGUCCGACAUGAUGGACGCGCUACUUUUUCUAAAGACGAGACCAACGCUACUCCUCUGGUUACAUGGUAGAGAAAAUCGAAUUCACAUUAUCUGAGUGUCUUAAUCAGAGUUCUCAAACUCUGAUUAUAGUCGGACUAAAGUGUUUACAUGACCUUCAGUUGUCCGGUCUUAAUCGGAAUAAGGCGAUAACUCGGGUUUCUCAACUGGACCGGCAGGCGGAUCAAAUGCGCAAGCAUACAGCGCUCACCGGAUCCAAUCUGCCUCCGCCAUUGGAGGAGAAGCACUUGCGAGAUUACCGAUAAUUCUCGCGAGACUGGACAAGAUCUCGCAUGUUUACCCAUGAGGCAUUGAAUGAGAUCCGCCGAUCAGUGUAUAUAAACGGCGGUGUACAUAAACACCCACAUCCCACCACCCUGGCCUCUCCUAUUUUCAGGUGAAGACGGUUCAAUAUAUUGACUUUAUUUUAUUUUGAAAAUUAACCAGAUAUUUUACUCUGUAGCUGCGUACAACUUCUACUGCCAUGUGUAUCUGAUCUGACUGCCGGAGCCAAUCCGCAACGGAGCCAGUCGGCGGACGGAUUGUGUGGAAUGACACACAUUGAUAAUAAUUCAUGUAUAUUUGAUCCGCCUGCCGCGCCGGAGCGGAGCGAAGCCGUUCAGGAUCCUGUGGGUUUUAGUCAUAACUAGCGAAGCUAAUACUGUGUUUAUGUUUGUUAGACAUUGUUUUAAUUUCCCGCCUUUUGUUUAUUUUAUUUACAGAGACCAUAUGAGAUCAGUGUAAAAGAUGAGCAGUGUGAAAACGUUAUUAUGCUGUUUAAGAGAAAGAAUACAAAGGACUGAACUGCAGACUGUGUGUCUUGGCUUCACUCUCUGAAUGCAGUAUUUAACAAAAACACAGAAGUCAUUCUCCAACAGUUACUGUUACAUAAAUCAGGAGAAAAGCUGUAAUUUACACCUUUAAUUAUGACUCUGCAGGUAAACUCUCUAAACCAACAUCGCACAAACACUCCCUGAUUUCAGAGUGAGACAGAAACUCUGCGGACUCGUCUCUGUGGAGAAAACUCUGAGGGUUUCUGUUCGAGCGCUGCCACAGGAGGAACUCGUAAAAACGGGUUUUAAAGAGACUUUCGACUCGAAGGUAACAUAAAGUGGUAAUCCUCAGGCCGCCGCUGAGAGCUGGAGAGUGGUUGUUUUGCUUGAGUCUGAGGGGCUAAUGUGUUUGUUAUCACAGGGAGCAGAUGGCCCAGCAUGGAGGAGAGACUCACUCACACACUCACACACACACGUGGAAACAUGAAUACACUCUUAGUGCCAGACCGCAGAGACGCCGCAGCCGCACUUGCAUCAUGUAUGUACGUCCAACAAAACACACGCAAACCCAGACACACUCCAACCCGUGAGUUAGGAGCAUCAAACCCUUCAGUCCGACAUCUUUACGUCUUAAUUUGGCAUGAAAUUAGAUUCUUAGAGGAAAAUUACGUCUUUAUUCUCUGCUGCGUUGGACUGAAUAAAAG